UGUUUCCGUACGGUUGGUAAGAUCUUAUUGUGCUAGCUGACAUUAUACUUGUAAUUUAGUUAUUCAGAUUAUGGAGUACCAGUUUAAUCCCUCACGUCAAUAUCAGGGCCUGGCUCUGGUUAUAACAAAUUUCACCAAGCCUGGACGUGGCCCUCUAUUAGAAAGGGGAGGAGCUAAGCUUGAUGUGAAAUAUAUGAAAAAGACCUUCAAACGUUUAGGAUUUCAAGUAGUCUCUUACGAAAAUGUAUAUACUUCAGAUUUUGAGUUGAUUUUAAGUGAAAUCUCAGAAGAUCCAGCCCUGAAGGAUUUUGACUGUUUUGUCUUUGCUAUAAGUACCCAUGGCCUUGAACUUGAAGAGACUGACAAAGUGAGAGGAUUCACGGUCCGAGAUCACGCCGUCCAGAUGUUUGACGGGGAGUACUACAGUACCAGUCAGAUACUAGAGUGCUUCAGCUACCAAAAGUGUAAAGCACUGAGGGGCAAACCUAAGAUGUUCUUUAUUCAGGCGUGUAGAAUUCCAGAGACUGAGGCAUCAAGGGAACAGAGACUUGCAGGAAUUGGGUUUGAUCAUGGAGCCAGUCCCCCUAAACACAGUAGAGGGAAGACAGGGUCUGGUGGCGAUAAAACCGAUCAUCAAGGAUCAGAAGAUAUACCAUCAAAAGUAGAGUUGGUUUCUGAGGAGGAUGUGUCUGAUACUGAUAUUGAGGAGGGUGAGGAUAAACAGGGAAGUUAUAGACCCCCUACAGUAACCAGUGUUCAGAAACAGUCAAAAGAGAAUAAUGGUUCUGGAGUUCAGGAAAAUCAAUUGGGGUCAGGAGACGUGGUAGAUCCGGCACGUGGAAUCCGUUUAUUUCACGAGAAGAAUGUCAUAACAAGGGUACCCUGUCACAAUGACAUGCUGAUCAUGUUUGCUUCACCACAAGGUCUUUAUGCUGUUAGAAACCUUGACAUGGGAAGCUACCUACUGAAAAAUCUGUACGAGGCUGUCGAACAUUUCUAUGGAAAUGGAAAACUAGAGAAUAAUAAUACCAAUUUUCUGGAUGUCCUGAGGCAUGUUGCUGCACUGAUGACAACAAAGACUUACUUCGGUGAUAAGGAAUAUACUAAUGUUCCGUGUAUUGUACACAAGUUGUCCAAAGAUAUCGUCUUCACUCAGGGAAAGACCAUGGCCCACACUAAAUUCAUGGAAUUAUGAAUUAAAGGACUGUUUAUAACAUUACAUAAAAUGUUACUUGCUACAAAUUCUUGGACAGCUUUAAUAAGUUGACAUUUAUUUUAAAAAUGCAUAAGAAUUACUUUUUUCAUUCAUUUGCAGGAAGAAAUGAAUUAACAAUGAUGAGCUGCUCUUUUGUAACAUUUGUGCAGCUGAUUCGAUCCAUUUCUGAAAUAUCUCUGCUCAAACUACAAGGUGAUAUAAUGCUGAACAGAUAUUAUAGAAUCUCUAUUAGCUUUAAAACGAAGUUCAAAGGCUUGUCAGUGUUACAUGGUGAAACAAAAGGUGUUAUAAUGCUUAAGAAUACAACUUUUGAAAAGCGUUAGGUUGUGAAUUUAAUAAAUAUUUUUAAUUUUA